AUGACGCCUUUAGAGCAGGUGAGAUUAACCCAACCACACGAUAUCUUCAUACUUACAUCUCCAGUAUACGUACAUCAAGGCGAGGUAUAUCUCACUGGCGUCGGCUCAAAGCAGGAAAAUUUCAAGCUCAGAGCCCCCAACGAUGAGAACGCCCGAUGGGACACGAUGGGCGAUGAUUAUGUGUUGCUGGUGGGGUGCUGGGAAAAUGCAUAUUAUUUCCAUGAAAUAUGCUGGGAUCGUUUUAUGGCACAUUUUAAUACAGAUGAGUUUGAUCGACGCCGUUUGUACGAGGCGUUGCAGUAUCUUCCUCUGCUGCAGGGCCCAUGGCGGAUUCACUUUCCCUUCGAUCCGUAUGACCCUUUUCGACUUCCAACUAUUGAACAGCUGAUGCAGUUUCCAAAGGAAAUGCCACGGUCGUCACUGAGGCAAAGGAUACCACAUGACUGCUUUGGGAAGUUUCCUCUGGAGAUCUGCGAAGCCAUUGCAGAGUCACUACCCAUUCGAGAUGCUCUCGGUCUUCGUUAUGUUUCACGAACAAUGAUACCCUUGUUUGGAAGCCGUGCAUUUUGGAAAUCCAGGUUCGGCAUCAAUUCAGAACGCGGAUUUCUGUAUUCAGUUCUCGCAAGACUGGAUAGAGAGACAAAACAAAAGAUGGACUGGAGAUUGCUCUACCACUGCACAUCGAGGCUGAAAUGUAGCCGUGGAUUUGAAUACAAUAUCACCACCUGGGAGAGUAUUCGAUGGCUGCGAGAUGCAGUUCUGGCCCAGUGUCCCAUUCGUGAUAUCCUACAUUUUCAAGGGAGAGCAUUGCAGCAUUAUCACCAUACAGGCCAUAGAGACACGCACACAGAGCCAGUUGAUAUACAAUACCCACUGAAAAACAUCACAAUCUCAACCUAUAUGGAUGAUGGCGAGUUCUACAUCACCGGAAUGGAGUUCAUCUCCAACAACGAGUCAACGGCGAGAAUCGGGUAUACAACUCCAGGGGCAGUAGCCAUGACAGACAAAGAGUACAAGCCGCAAGAUUGGCCUACUAAGCAGGGCUACAGAUAUCCAGGACUAAAGGUCAUCUUCAGCGCAAAAAGAUUUCGAGGAUUUCGUGUUGAAACGGAACCGCCGCGUAUACGGUAUACAGGUCCUCAAUGA